CGUGCUCGGGUCGGUCGCAGUAGGCCGACACCCGGAGGCAAUCGACCUCCUGCGGUACCAAAUUCCUACACACGGUCAACGGGAAUCAAGACAAAUAUCGAAGAAAAAGUCUGAAAAUGUCGAGCCUAAGAGGAUAUGCUCGCGAAGGCGAAAGAAUCGUAUUGAAAGAAAUAACCGCGACCCUUCAGAAUUCUUCGCCGAUUCAGCUCUCUCGACGAAAGAGCGGCAACGAUAGUCCCGUGACUGUCCCGAAGACAACAGAGCAUGAGAACAAGGUUCAUUUUGCCCGUGAGUUUGCCGAUGUAGGAUCGGUCACGGAAAAUCUAUGCUUGGCGCCGGAGAGUUGUCUGUCGUCAGUUAGCAGAUUACUCACGGAGCUUAGGGAUCGAACAAGACAAAGCAAAUUGCAAGCAGCGUUUAAUGACGUACACGAAAAGUACGAGCGACUUAAAAAAAUUGUAUCGAUAUAUGAAAGUGAGAAAACUGUAUUAAAAAAAAAUAUCCACGAAAAAGGAGAAACCAUAAAAACAUUGGAAACACGAUACGAUAAACUAGAAAAAGCUAAUUUGGAGUUGGAUGGAAUACGAAAACGUGAUGAAGAGGAAAUACUGAAGCGGCAUGCGAUGAUAAGGAGAGCAAAGCUUAAAAACAAUUUGCUCGCUAAGCUUGUAAAACAGGAAAGAGAGGAAAAAAAAGCACUCGCGGAAAUGGCUGAUUUGGAGUUGGAUGGAAUACGAAUGCAGAAUGAAGCUGAAAUACAGAAGCUGCAUGCGAUGAUAAAGAAAGCAAACGUUAAAAGCAAUUUGACCGCUGAGCUUUUAGAAAAUAAAACCAAGAUAUGCAACGAAUUCAAGGAAAUCCUAGACGGAAUUAUCGCCAGGAUUGAGAACGAUGACGACUUUGAAUGAAAAUUAAGUAUCGCGAUUAUGGCGCGACUAGUCUUUAUUUUUUUACUUGUCCUUACUAUCUUAAAUACAAACUUAAAUAUGUUAGAUACGAAAGUUAUAGUGUAAACACAUGUCGGUUAAAGGUACAAGCACCUAUAUAUUUGGUCAUUUUAAUGUCCUGUUUGCCAAAAAGCAAAUUUUUAAUGCAACUUGAUGAAUUUUACUAUUAAUUGUACUAAUGAGUACUGUCAAUCUAUUGGCCUGGUAUCGACCAGAAACAGUACGUUGGCUAGUUUUAACAUGCGAUCACUUGUACUUCCCGGUUUCCGCGGAAUAGUUCGAUUUUCAAGAUUAGACAUAAAUCUUUUUAUUGUGCGUGCCAACCCAGCAAACACAGAAUACACCGAGUAAGGUGUAUGCUGGGAAGUGUAUGCUGGGAAGUGUAUGCUGUGUUUGCUGGGAAGUUUGCGGCGUAUUGUUUAAAUUUUGGGUGACUCAUGCCAAUUCCUUUGCUUCGCAGGGCCUCCGCAACCGUCCAAAGUAAUUUCUAGAAAUAAGCAAGAAAAAUUAUA